AUGAACAAGAGACAACGAGUCUUUUCUCUCCAACCAAACAAGAGCCCAAAGGCUGUCUUCGCGAGAAGAUACGCGAGUCACUUGGUUCCAGCUCUCAACAAGAUCAACAUAAACAAAACCUCUUCACAAGUCAACCACAAAAGUUUCGAACAAACCGUGAAACAUGAAGUAGACAUGGCUUUGGCUUUGUCUGCUCAAGAGUUCGCGUGGAGCCGUUUCUUGCAACACAAGCUAUUAUCGUCCGUUCAUGAAGAUCCUAGUGAAUCUUCCAAGAUUCUGGAAAGAUCUAACUAUAAACAAGACGACGAAGAAGGAGGAGGAGAGAUCAAGAAGAGAUUGAAGGAAUUGCAAAAGCUUUUGCCUGGUGGAGAAGAGAUGAACAUGGACGAGAUGUUGGGUGAGAUUGGAAGCUACAUUGUAUGUCUUGAGUUGCAGAUGCUUGUUUUAAAAUCUCUUGUUCAAGAUAACACUUCUUGA